AUUCUAGGUGGAAUUAUGUUUGGAGUACAAGAAAAGUCUCCCCCUGUGAUGAAGAGCGACGUAUUUUUCUUGUACCUUCUCCCCCCAAUUGUCCUCGACGCUGGUUAUUUUAUGCCAACACGUCUCUUCUUUGAGAACUUUGGUACAAUUUUCUGGUAUGCUGUGGUGGGCACUCUCUGGAAUUCGUUUGGUAUUGGCAUUUCCCUCUUUGCCAUCUGCCAGAUCGAAAUUUUUGGCCUGAGUGAUAUCACUCUGCUGCAGAGCCUGCUCUUUGGCAGCUUGAUUUCAGCAGUGGAUCCUGUGGCAGUCCUGGCUGUUUUUGAAAAUAUCCAUGUCAAUGAGCAGCUGUACAUCCUAGUUUUUGGGGAGUCUCUACUGAAUGAUGCCGUGACAGUGGUCCUGUACAACUUGUUCAAGUCCUUCUGCCAGAUGCCUACAAUUGAAGUCAUUGACAUAUUUGCUGGAAUUGCUAAUUUCUUCGUAGUUGGCAUUGGUGGAGUUUUGAUUGGAAUCAUUCUGGGAUUUGUGGCAGCUUUUACUACUCGCUACACCCAUAAAAUCAGAGUGAUCGAACCACUAUUUGUCUUCUUAUACAGCUACCUAUCAUACAUAACAGCUGAAAUGUUUCACCUCUCUGGUAUUAUGGCGAUUAUAUCUUGCGCUAUGACCAUGAAUAAAUAUGUGGAAGAGAAUGUUUCUCAGAAGUCCUACACUACAAUAAAGUAUUUCAUGAAGAUGCUGAGCAGUGUCAGUGAGACCCUUAUCUUUAUUUUCAUGGGAGUAUCCACAGUUGGGAAAAACCAUGAGUGGAACUGGGCCUUUGUUUGCUUCACUCUCCUGUUUUGUUUGAUUUGGCGUGCACUGGGAGUUUUUGCACUGACUCAGAUCAUUAAUGUGUUCCGAACAAUUCCUCUGACAUUCAAGGACCAAUUCAUUAUCGCCUAUGGAGGCCUCCGAGGAGCCAUAUGCUUCUCUCUUGUUUUCCUGCUUCCUUCUGCUGUGUUCCCUAGAAAGAAACUUUUCAUUACUGCUGCCAUUGUGGUGAUAUUCUUUACUGUCUUCAUUCAGGGAAUCACAAUUCGUCCACUAGUGGAAUUUCUUGAUGUUAAAAGAUCAAAUAAAAAACAACCCGCAGUCAGUGAGGAGAUUUAUUGCCGGUUCUUUGAUCAUGUGAAGGCUGGCAUUGAAGAUGUGUGUGGACACUGGGGUCACAACUUUUGGAAAGAUAAGUUUGUCAAAUUUGACAAGAAGUAUUUGCGGAGACUUCUAAUCAGGGAAAGCCAGCCUAAAUCAAGUAUAGUUUCCCUAUACAAGAAGCUUGAAAUAAAGCAUGCCAUCGAGUUGGCAGAGAGUGGAAUGAUAAGCACAGUACCGUCUCUAUCUUCUAUCAGUGAACAUCAAGAAGAAGAAAAAAUAAGUCCCUUUUAUCCUGCCCAGAUGGAUAAUAUAAGAGAUAUUUUAACAAAGAAUCUCUAUCAAAUACGACAGAGAGCUCCAUCGUAUAACAGAUACAGUCUAGCUGAAGAUGCAAAUGAAAAGCAGGCCAAGGAAAUUUUGAUUCGUCGCCGACACAGCCUGAGGGAGAGCAUCAGGAAGAGCAACAGCUUGUCAAGAACGCACCGAGUGACCACCAAAACACCACGUUAUCUUUCGUUACCUAAAAACACUAAGUUAGCUGAGAAAGUACGGAAAAGAAAUCAGUCUUCUUUCAAAGUAAGUGACAGCAGUGAUUCUGAAUCUGAUCAUGCUACGGUGCUGAAUUUAAAAUCCCAAGCAGGAAAAAUUUUGAGAGACCAGAGACUUCGACAGCAGCAGUGUAGGAUUGAAUGGAAGAAUGAAGUGGACAGCAAUAACAGAGAGCCGGUGAGCUACCCUCAGGUUGGUCAGGGCUUCAGGCAGCCCCUGUUGCCAAGACCAUCCUUCGGCACACUGCGUGAAGAAGACUCCCCUGAAGAUGACAGAUCGACCAAACCAGUACCACCACCCCGAUUAGUUCGACAGGCGUCCAAAGUUGAAAAGCCUAGAGAUAACUCUGACAACAAGCCAUACUGA